AUAUACCGUGCAAGAUACAGCAGCUGAUAUACCUGCCAGAGACACCCGUCCACUUGGUCACACGGCCGCCACCUGCCGGAGGAGCCAGGCAUUACCCUCCCGACGCUGUCAUGGCCGCCUCCACCUCCCUCAGGGUCCUCACACUGCCCGUGGUCCUGGUUCUCUGCCUGGUAUCACCUGAGCUCGUGCACACCAGUAAAACUGAAAGUUGUCCAGCAGCAGACUGUUCUGGCGUCGCUGAUGGUCACAUGGUGCCUGAUCCCACAAACUGUCGUCAAUUUUACUUCUGUGUGGGUGAAGAACCUACUGCAGAAGCCUUCCCCUGUGACGACGGCAUGGUGUUUGACAGUGCCGAGAGUAAAUGUGUUGUUGGAGACACAUGUAGCAACAUCUGCAGCACCUGUUCUUACGAGUGCCCUGACAGCCCUGAACCCCCGCCAUACUUUUCUGACCGCUAUGACUGUAAAAUUUACUAUGACUGUGGUUCAAAAGGUCAACAUUCAUGUCCUAAUGACAACCAGUUCUUUGAUGGAUCUCAUUGUCAGUCAGAUGAGUCGAAGUGCUGCAGCUGUAAACCAUACUGUUCAGAAAGUGAUUUAUAUGGAGGUGUAAUAGAUCCUACGAACUGCAAGCGAUAUUUCUUCUGUAGCGAGAUUGGCAUCCCAGAGUAUUCCACUGAAUGUGUGAGUGGAAAUUUUGAUCUUAUCAGCGGGACAUGUUCUGACACGGCUCCAUGCCUUACUUACUGUACCAACGUUGUGGGACCGGACGGAUGCAUCGACAGAUACACCUGCGAAGUGCUUGGUAACCACGCGAAGUGUCCACAAAGAUGCGACCCGCACUACUAUCACUGCAGUUCUUCUAACAUGGGCCAGGUCGUUACAGCUUCUAGUUGUUCCAGCGGACAAUACUACCACCCGGACACAGGCCUCUGUGUUACUGGAGCUAACUGUCCAUAUCCAGAUCCAGGGGAGUAAUAGUUCAACUAUUAUCGUGGUCACACUCCCCAUAUGCACCCCAUACACACCUCGAGGAGGCUUUUGAACAGUGUUUGCCAUGUAUGUAGUGUCUAAGCUGUAAUACAACGUAAUAAAUUUAAUAAUAAAAUAAUGAAUGAAAAAUUCAAAGGUGGUAGAAGAAAAAAAUACUAAUGUUCAGGGUGAGUCUGCAAGGUUUACUUUAAAUGCAGUUUAUUCUCUUCUUCGCGGCCAAGGGUCUCCACAAUUACAUCAGAGGUGGCACCCCUAUCCAUUUAUCUAUAUAUAUAAUUGUUAUAUAUAUAUAUAUA